CCUCUCUCUCCUCCGAGCCGCGAGCGCCGUGCACUCGGUCCGUCCUCAUCCAGCGCGCGCGCACAAAAUCCAAAAACACCCAGUUUUAAUGUCGAGUCGCGCAAAACGCUUUUCGAGAUGGAAACGUCGCGCAAACGUCGCCCGGGACGAGUCCUGAUUCUAGCAGCAGCACUUCUGUCACCUGCCCUCACGGUGUUGUGUAAUGACAUCCUCGGUCUAAAGGUGGCAGGAGAGCCAGUUCUGACCCCCAACGCUGUGUGUUUAAAGCUUGCAGGCCUUUCUAAAAGGCAAAUGCGGCUAUGUGUGCGCAGCCCCGAUGUCACAGCAUCAGCCCUGCAGGGCAUUCAAGUGGCCAUUCAUGAAUGCCAGCACCAGCUCAGAGACCAGCGCUGGAACUGCUCCACACUGGAGAACCAUGGCAAAGUGCCGCACCAGAGCGCCAUACUCAACAGGGGUUUCAGAGAAAGUGCCUUCUCCCUGGCUCUGCUGGCUGCUGGUGUGGCUCACUCUGUGGCCUCCGCCUGCAGCAUGGGCAAGCUGCGAGGCUGUGGCUGCGAAGCUAAACGUCGUUUGGAUGACGACAAAAUCCGAGUGAAGCUCGGCCAGCUGCAGCUGCAGACUCUGCAGAAGAGCGGGGUGAGCAUUGUGGGAGCCGGCGGGCGCAUGCCUGAGAUCAGCCCAAACCACAGUGGCCUGCCCGCUUACCUACGCUCUGCUCACCCUGCCACCCUCCUCAAACCCCUGCCUGAGGGCGUGACCUCCCUGCAGGAGACGUGGGAGUGGGGAGGGUGUAAUCACGAUGCCCGCUUUGGAGUCCGCUUCUCCAGAGACUGGCUGGACUCCAGAGGAUCUUCCCGGGACAUACACGCCCGAAUGAAGAUGCACAACAACAGAGUUGGCAGGCAGAUAGUGACUGACAACAUGAAGCGGAAGUGCAAGUGCCACGGCACCUCCGGCAGCUGCCAGUUUAAGACGUGCUGGUACGUUUCCCCUGAGUUCCGGCUGGUGGGCUCCCUGCUGCGGCAGAAGUUCCUGUCCGCUGUCUUCAUCAACUCCCAGAACAAGAACAGCGGCGUGUUUAACCCGCGGGUACUGUCUGGGCAGGAGGGGGCGGAGCCUGCCAGGGCCCGGCGCCGCAGCCUCUCCAGGGAGCUGGUUUACUUUGAGAAAUCGCCGGACUUCUGCGAACGCGAGCCGUCCGUGGACUCACCGGGGACUCAGGGCCGCAUUUGCAACAAGAGCAGCCCGGCCAUGGACGGCUGUGGCUCGCUGUGCUGCGGCCGCGGACACAACAUCCUAAAGCAGACCAGAAGCGAGCGCUGCCACUGCCGCUUCCACUGGUGCUGCUAUGUGCUGUGUGAUGAGUGCAGGGUCACCGAGUGGGUCAACGUGUGCAAGUGAGCGGCCCAAGACUUUUCUCGGGCCAGAAACUCUUCAGGGGAUAAUCAGGGGGCAAGAGACAUUAGCCAGAACCUCUCACGCCAAGAGUGCGAGUGUUAGGCUUCCAGUCUUACUCUUCCGCAGCUUCGGCCCAGCCACUUCUCCAAUCGGCCCCCUCAUCUGGGACGCAUUUGCUUUGUGUGGCGGUUGUUAUUCUCCCAAUGCCAAGUCAGAGAUUGAGGAGAGGAGUGACUCAUGUCAUUUGUCUUUGUUUCCCCUGUUUGGACUCUUCAGCCAUGAAAAUGCCCCGAACGCCAUCUGUGUUCUUCACAAUAACAAGGCGCAACAGCAGGAACGUAUUAUUGUCGAAAAAGCAAAGGCACUGCCACCACAUACAGUUCUGUGUGUACAUUUGAAAAUGUGCGCUUAAUGAAGCCGUGGCAAAUCUUUUGCGAGUUUUUCUCUACUCUUUUAGAUGUCAAAACCGAUGCCAUAAGCCGGGCCGUUUUGUAGGGAAUGGAGGGAAACUGAAACAGAGGACAGAGGAUGUGCCUUUGCCCGUUGGUUGGAGUUAAUGUAAACCAGACCGUUUGUGAAUGUGAAUAUAGUGCGCUGGCUUUUCGAACCUGUACAGACGAGGACCACAGCGGAGGAAAGAAAAAAAAACAAAGACUGGAGAAAGACUGGAGAAUACUUCUGCCUCCCUCAAGUCCUUUCACCAAUCUGAUUCGAAGCAGUCACGUUUGAUCUCACUUGGAAUCCACUGUACUGCAUUUUAAGACGAAACUGUUAAAAAAAAACUGUUCAAAAAACAGCAAUGAAGGAAUGACGUGGACUCACUCAUGGACCUUUUAAAAUCUGAAUGAAACUGUUUUUACAUUUAGUAAAUUGAAGUAAUGAUAAUCAAUUUACAUGACACUGAGACUGAGAUAUGUAUUUUUUUUUUCAUUUUUAUUUGUAUAAAUGUAUGUUGUUUAGUGAAACAAAUGAAAUAUAAUGUUAUAGAAAUUCUCUUUUCGAGAGAUUUGUUUGUGCCAGACCGUCCAUGAAAUCAGUCUGCAGGACACCCUUUUUCCAGAAGCUUUGCUAGUCUGUUUACAGUGGCUUUAGAACAAAGCAAGUGUCUGGAGUGGUAAGAUGAGGGAUAAACUGGGGAAUGAAUGUAAGUACCCUGCGGAAAGUGCCUGGAAGAGAGGCAGGCUGGAUGCAGUUUCCUAUGAGACAGAUUUUACAAGAGAGGAUGGAAUUGCGGAAAGGAGUGAUACCAGUCUUAGUGGGAUCAGCUGUACAAAGUUGACAGCCAGUUUGAGACGACCCCGCGCGCUGCCGAGGACAGUUUGUCCUUGUCUGCGCAUCUGCCACUGAAGAAGGCUCGACUGAUGUGUGCUAACUCGACACAGACGCGGCUAAUGUUGACUGUGCCGGGGAGAUUACUGAAGAAAUGUAAUCUGUUACUGAUGAAAAAUUACUAGACUAAAAGUGCAGCCAGUAAAGCAAUCUUCUAAAUUACAUAAAGUGUGUAAAAUUACUGAUCCUAGACAUAUUUUAUAUAUAUUUUUUUAUUAUUACAUAAAAAUAUAUUUCUUUCUCACAAUUAAGUCAUCAUUACAGAUACCAUCAUUGUUCACAGCUAUUGUGCACCACAAAUAAUAGAAACAUUCAGUAAAUUAAGGUUUGGUAGGCUGUGUCCAGCCAAAAUCUGGAUUUCUAGAUUGUUGGAAUAUCUAGAUUGUAUCCAGAUUCAGUUUAUAGUCUGAACAGCAAAAAAAACACAAGAAAUCAGAUUUCUUUUGCAAAAAUCUGAUCCAAACCACAUUUGCAUGUGGUUUGAAAUGCAAUUACAAUUGGAUUUGUACAGUUUAAUCUUAGUCUAGACACACUGGCUGCUCAAAUCGGUUUUAGAAAUGUCUUCUCUUUGACCUACAAUGGGAUAAAUACACCAAUAAUAUGAAAUCCAAAGUGUUGGAAAUGCAGCAAUCCAACAGUGUGAAUACAUGGAUCCAGAUACAAUCUAUUUGACAGAUACAGUCAAAUACAGUCUAUAUUUUUACAGCAGGAAUCCAUGUACUGUAGAUAGCUUUGUGAAAUCUGAUCUAAUAUCUAAUAUCUUUAUCACAGUGUAAACAGUCAUUCCGACAGAUGUGAUUUGAGAAGCAAAGCUGAUUUCCCUGCAGUCUGAACACAGACAUAGACCUUUUAAAAAGUCUAAAUAAAAGACAAAAACAAAUCUACUUUUAAUCUACAUACUCAGGAAUAUGAAAAUCAAAAACUAAGCAUUUUAACAGAUGGUUAGAGUGUGAUAUGGUGGUACAGGUACUAAAAACAGAAGAGAGGUCCCAGCACAAAGAUAAAGAUUUAUUAUUGCAGUAAUAAGCAGUUUAAUAUUGCACUGCAAUAGAUUUUGAUUUGGCUUUUAUAACAAAAGCAAAAAUGAAAAUGUGUUUAAAUUUGAUUGAUUGGCAGGGGAAAUGCAAAUGCCCUGCCUUAAAAGUAUUAUGUGUAGGGGGUUCUGUACUUUUUAAAAUAAACUUUAAAUACUCAGGUUAAGUACAAACCUUGCAGAUUAAUCCCAAAAAUCACAGGUACUUAAAGAUGAUCUUUUAUCUCUGUCUAAAAAAAUAUAAUAAACAUAUAAAUUGGA